AUGGCUUCGCACUUGACGAGUUCCUCUAGUCUGCCAUCAUCACAACUUUCACUUUCAUCUAUUAUGUCGUAUUUACAAGAUCGUAUUCCACUUGCCUUUGUAGCGGCCAAUCCUUCUUGUCGUUUAGAGGCGGAACGCAGAGGCUAUACAGUUGGGGAGCUCCAUGUUAUUUACAAUGAUUCUCUCCUUACUACCAGUGGUGGUUGCCCUUUAUUGCCUUUAUCUAAUAAUAAUAAUAAUAAUAAUACUAAUAAUAAUAGUAAUACUACUAAUACUAGUAUUAAUAUCUCUACUUUUUCUACUACUUCCCCAAUUUCUUCUCCACGUGAGGGACGAAAUAUGAGGAGAGAGGAACUGGUACUCACUGUGGGUACAACUCCAUCUCUUGAAUUGACUUUACUUAGUCUAUGGUGGAUCACACGAUACCCAUUGGUUUCACUUCUUUUAGAGCAUGUAGGUAAGGAGAGUGUACCACUAUUACAGCAUCUCCGGAAGAAUUUAAAGUUAAGAGAAAUACAAUUACAGAAAUCUGCCAUUUCAUGUACAUUGAUGCAUGUAUUAUCCAUGUCUAGAGGACUUGAAGCCCUCACAGUGCGACAGUGUUUUAGUGAAUCUGAAGUUAGUCUUUGUAGUGUGACACCCAUUCUCAAUACACGUGCCUCAGAGAAACGUGAGGUAUCAACAUUUUAUAUAUCUGGCAUAACCAACCUUGGUGUUUUGAAGAAUCUUAGACAUCUUCAAUUGUUUGAAACUCCAUUAAGUGAAGAGAUGAUGUCUUACUUUUCUGAAUGUGUAAAUAUGGAACGUGUUGUUAUUGAUUCCUGUCGUGGUCUCACAUCAUUAGGAUGUUUCACUUCACUUCAACGACUCUCCGAAUUGUGUUUAUUAAAUUCUACAAUAACAGAUGAAGGUAUUGAUCCUCUUUGUCAAUUAAAGUCAUUAAGACAUUUACAACUUGAGAAUUGUAUGAAACUUCGAAGUUUAAACUCUUUAGGAUCUUUAAUAAACCUUCAGGUACUUUGUGUAUCUCGAAAUAGAAUUUCUGAUGAUGGUAUCUAUGGUUUAAGAAAUCUUAUUAACUUGGAAGAACUUCGUCUCUUGGGGUUUAAUCGUCUUUCCAGUGUAGAAUCUCUUUCAAGUCUUCAUAAACUGUUAAAGUUAGAUCUUACAGAAAAUUGGGUAACAGAUGAAGGUUGUGCAUCCUUAGCCCAAUGUCGAAAACUUCAAUAUUUAAAAUUCUCCUGUUGUCGUUGUAUAUCGGAUGUUCAGUGGAUAUCUGCACUUACUUCCUUACGAAAACUAGAUCUUUCCAGAACACAUGUACGUAGUCCUUGGCUACGGGCCUUACGAACAUGUGAAAGACUAGAAGAGUUAAAUCUUGCUUAUUGUAAUGGUGUAGAGGAUACUUCGUUUUCAGGUGGAUUAAUUUCACUUCAGCGUUUAGAUCUUAGUGAUACCUGUGUAAAAGAUGCUGGAAUACAAUCUCUUCGAGAAUGUAUAAGGCUAAAAUACCUUUCUUUACGAGAUUGUCGUUUUAUAAGUGAUUUAGGAUUUUUACAAACACUAAAAAAUUUACUUGGUUUAAAUAUUGAAGGUACAGCCAUAGUGGAUGACAGUCUUAUCCCUAUUAUUUAUUGUACACAAUUGGAGUUUUUAUCUCUUCGUCACUGUAGAUUUAUUACAGAUGUACGUUGUAUGUCUACAUUAAAAAAACUUAAAAUAUUGGAUCUCUGUGGAACAUAUGUGACAGAUGAAGGUAUUUCAGAUAUCUCUCAAUGUGUUUCAUUAGAACAUAUUGAUAUUAGUGCAUGUUGUCUUUUAACUAAUCUUCAUUUUCUUCAACCUUUAACAUUACUAAAACGUGUUAUUGGGUAUCAAAUGAAUGUUAUUGAUGUGAGUGGAUUAAAAGAAAGUCAUGUACUACGAGAGUUAUUUCUUCUAGAAUGUAAACGUUUAGAGUCUUUGGAGUAUUUAAAACUCCCACGACUUCAAGAGUUAUCAUUAAAGAAGAGUAAUAUGACUGAUUUAAGUAUUCAUAGUAUAUUAACACAAUGUCAUUCUCUACAACGUCUUGAUUUACAGCAUUGUACAUUCAUUACAGAUUUAUCCAGUGUGGCUCAACUGUCAACACUUACAGAAUUGUUAAUACGAAAUAUUGGAAUAACAGAUAGUUCUGUAGAUUACAUUGCCUCUUGUUUAACGUUAGAGAAACUUCAUAUGGCAGAAUGUACUGGGAUUACAAAUGUGAAUGCUCUUCAAUCACUAUAUCGAUUAGAAGAUCUUGAUCUUUCCAAAACAAGUGUUACUACGGAAGGUAUAAUGGGUCUUUCCUAUUGUUAUGCUUUAAAGAAAUUAAAUCUUAAUGAGUGCCGAUAUGUAAAUAGUGUAAAUGGUCUGGGAUCAUUACAUGUGUUAAGAGAACUUCAUUUGGGACGAACAAGUAUUUCAGAUAAUGGUAUAGUUGGUUUGUGUAAUUGUAUUCAGUUAGAGAUACUUACAUUAACGAAAUGCAGUCAAAUCACUAACGUGGAUAAACUUCAGAAUUCUCUUCCUAGUCUUGUCACAUUUGAUGUAUAUGGGACUUCCGUUGAAAACUCUCGCCGGUGUUUCAGAGGUGGUUACAACAAUCAACACGCAUGUGCUGUUCUUUGA